AUGAAAGAUCUUGGGAAACUAAAAUACUUCCUUGGGUUAGAAGUUGCUCGUGGUCCAGAUGGUAUCUUUGUCUCACAACACAAGUAUGCGUUGGAUAUCAUCACUGAGUGUAGUUUGUUGGGCGCUAAACCAUCUCCCACGCCUACUGAACUGAAUCGCAAGCUUGUCAUGGCUGAUAAGACUAACUCUCAUACGUUACUGACUGAUCCUAGCAAGUAUAGGCGGCUGAUCGGUCGUCUUAUAUAUCUUACCUUCACCCGGCCAGACUUAAGCUACAUUAUCCGUAUAUUGUCUCAGUUCAUGCAAAAACCACUUGAAGAACAUUGGCUAGCAGCUCUACGUGUGGUUCGCUAUCUAAAAGGGACGUCUGAUCAAGAUUCCCUUGUAUUCUGGAAGACAAAGAAACAGAGGACAGUCUCUCGAUCUUCGGCUGAAGCCGAAUAUAAGGCCAUGGCUGACACGACUUGCGAAUUAAAGUGGCUCAAGCGUCUACUGGGAAUGCUUGGCUUCGCGCAGAAUGUGCCGAUACAAAUGCAUUGUGAAAGCAAGUUGGCUAUCCACAUAGAUACAAAUCAUGUCUUCCAUGAGCGCACUAAGCAUGUUGAGAAUGACUGUCAUACAACUCGGGAUGCAGUUAAAGCCAAACUUCUAUCGCUGGAGCACAUAUCUACGAAGGAACAACCGGCUGAUCUUCUUACAAAAGCUCUUCCUACACCAACAUUUCAGUACUUGAUGUUCAAGUUGGGAAUUCGCAAUACCUCAUUGCCAACUUGA